AUGCGCCCAAAACCCAAACAUUCCGUUCUGACUGCUGACGGACUCGGAGUGACCAUUCUGGCGCCGGAUCCUCCAAACAAGGGAAGCGUAACGCUUCCUAGUACGCCCUUGAGAGGCGUCUCAACAAGAAACUCCCACUUGGGAAGACUGCCAAAGGUGGACGCCGACUUCGGCUCUUCCUUGGAUAGAAUACGCAGCUUGAACAAGAUCGGGUUAAAGUCGCCCAUGUUGAAUAGACACAGGCCCAAUCAUUUUGAGCCGUUACCUUCCAGACUGAUUGAUGAGAUCCAGUCGGUCCACACGCAUAGAACAGCUAGAACCAUUGCUUCUAGAGUGUUGUCGAUGGUGCAGGCGCCAGUUGCCAGCUUCAAAAGCUAUUAUGACGAUUUCACAACUAUAGACUGGGCUAAAGCGUUCAUUCUGAUGAACAUGUUCAAUUAUGGGCUAGAUCGUGGCGUCCGAAUCACAAAGGGAGGGUCGAUUGAUCCUGAAAGUGGCGAAGACGACGAAAUCGUGUCCCAGGUCCCCCUUUCGGUCUUUCAGAAGGUGUACCUCGUGUUGGGAAAGUGGGUGUUGAUCACCAUUAUUGCAUUCUUCUUCGCUGUCAUUGCUUACGUUAUAGAUAAGUUUGAGGUCGUUCUUGUGGGUUUCAAACACGGCUACUGCAAAACAAACUGGUUUGCCUCGCAAGUAUCGUGCUGCUCUAUCCCCAGAAAUCAGCCCGAUGUAUUUUCCAACAUCACCACAGAGUGCCCUGAUUGGGUGUCUUGGUCCUCAGUGCUAAAACAUAAUCGUUUGAAUCAAUUUUUCCGGCUUGAUUUUGCUGUUUACGUUGUUCUCACCUUGGUGUUGGCCCUCUUGGCUGGAGCAAUCACGCUCACAACAAAGAUUCCCACCAGACUUACCUCGUCUAAAGCACAAGGUAUAAACCAAAUGGGCGCAACAGAGUUCGAAGACUACUACUCGGGAGUCGAGCAUCCUGAAAAAGAGAAUUCUUCCAGGGUAAUGUACUCCGGAGCCGGUUCUGGAGUCCCUGAAGUGAAGACAAUUCUCUCAGGAUUUGUCAUUCGUCGAUUUUUGGGUUCUUAUACCCUUGUCUCCAAAACAAUUGCGCUCAUAUUUGCGAUCGCAUCUGGAAUGUCUCUUGGAAAAGAGGGUCCCUACGUUCAUCUUGCUACUUGUGUGGGCAACAUAUUCACCAGACUCUUUCCGUACAUCAAUCGCAACGAUCUUUUGAAGAAGCAAGUGCUUUCUGCGGCAGCAUCUUCUGGAGUGGCUUUGGCUUUUGGUUCGCCCUUAGGUGGAGUCUUGUUCAUUUUGGAGGAAAUCAAUCAUUAUUUGCCUUCCCAUCAGCUUUUCCUCAUCUUCAUCUGUGCUAUGACAUCCACAUUGUUUCUCAAAUUUUUGAAUCCUUACGGCACAGAUAAGACGGUUUUGUUUGAGCUAAGCUAUGAGUCUGAUUGGAAAGCCACCGAACUUCCUUUCUUUGUCAUCAUUGGUGUAGCAGGAGGCAUAUUUGGGGCUUCAUUUGUUCGUUUCACCAAAUGGUGGCCCAAAACGUUUCGCCAGCUUCGCUUCAUCAAGGGCCAUCCGAUGAUAGACAUCUUCUGUGUUGCAUUGGCUACGGGUGUUGUGACAUUUUGGAAUCCAUACACAAAACAAGCCUCUUCCGAGCUAGUCUUAGAUCUCGCAACAUCGUGUAACAGCCACGAAUUGGAUACCACUUUAUGUCCCACAAAUAAGAACCAGUUUGUCGCCGAGUUUUGGCGCUUGCUCACAGCUUUUGUGAUUAAAGUCAUCCUCACUUUCAUAACUUUUGGAUUAAAGGUUCCUUGCGGUAUAUAUGUACCUUCCAUGGUCGUUGGGGCUCUCUUUGGCCGAAUCUUUGGUAUGGCAAUUCAACUUGCAAACAAAAGAUUUACCAUCGAUGAGAUUACACACAUCGAAAUGAUGAACUAUAUCUGUGCAGAAAACUCAGGCGAAUGCGUCGAUUUGGGAAUCUAUUCUAUGAUUAGCGCAGGUGCUUUCAUGGCUGGUGUUACGAGGAUGAAUAUCACUCUAGUGACCAUUUUAUUCGAGUUGACUAGUUCAUACACCUAUGUUUUGCCUAUAGCCAUUGCAAUUGCCGUGGCCAACUGGCUGGGAGGUCUCAUCGAGGACAACUCGUUGUAUGAGGCAUUACUCACAGCUAAUGACUAUCCUUUCUUGUCACCCGAGUCUGAGGCUUUGGAUCCUUUUGCAUCUGCAGAAGAGCUUUUGCCUGAUGGAGACUUCUGCAAGAGGGAGGAGCUGGAAGAGACGGAGCAUCAAGGGGCGACACAAAAACGUUACAGCACAUCUUCAGAAGAACCCUCAGACGUGUCGCAGCUUAGUGAUUAUGGUUUGGAUGACAAGCUUCAUAUCGAUAUCACCAAGACACCAUAUAUCUCCACCAGGGUUUUAUGGGCCAAGCUUACCCUUUUGACGAAAGGUUCACUUCUAGAUGGAUGCAUACCACUCUUGAAGGAUGAGGUUUGUGUUGGUACCCUCUUUUUCUCAGAGCUUGAACUCUGUCUUGAUAGGAUUGGCGAGUUCUCGCACGAGUUUGACAUCACUGAUGAAGUUUAUUGUAAAGUUUUUAAAACAAGCCUGUACCUACCUUCGGCAUGGAAGCCAUACCAGGAUCACAACCUCAGGGUUUUGGGUGAGGCGCUAGAAUUACAAAGAAGCAAUUCUUAUAGAGAUGUUCCACCGGAAGACUACUUCACAUACAGAACUAACGACGAGUACCAAACAUUUGAAAGCGAGAGGAAAGAUUAUGAGGCUCACAUGAACCAUCUUACGUGUUUGAUACGGUAUGUGAAUACUGAUCCAAUAUUCAUCAACCACAAUGCAUCAUUGACGUUGGCACAUCUUAUAUUCGACAGGAUCGGAACUCGGGUGGUUGUCCUUCAACGGGAUGGCAAGUAUCACGGAGUGCUUCAUAAGAAGGCACUUGUAGAUUUCUGUCGCAGAUCCGAGCACUAG